GUUUGCUGUCUUCUAUGGUGCCUUUACCUUUACGUCGUUAAUAUGGAAACCCAAUAGACACUUAUUAGCUGCUCGGACGAAACGGAGGUAACUGAAGCAAAUCAGUCUGUAGCUACAAUUAGCAAUGUAUUUAACCGUUUUAAAAUCCGCAUUAAGACAGAGAUCCGUCUACAGAGUGCAAAGAAUACAAGGACACAUGAUGUCCAGUAAGGCAAGUUCUGAGGUUCUGUUGGAGAGAGUGGGGAACGCAGGUGUGAUCACACUGAACAGACCCAAAGCCCUUAACGCGCUGAACCUUAACAUGAUUCGACACAUUUACCCUCAGCUUAAGAAGUGGGAGGAGGAUUCAGAGACGGAUAUUGUAAUUAUAAAAGGUGUGGGAGGAAAAGCUUUCUGUGCUGGAGGAGAUAUAAGAGCUGUCACAGAUGCUGGGAAAGCAGGUGGCCCCUUAGCUCAAGACUUCUUCCGUGAGGAGUAUAUUCUGAACAACACCAUAGGAACUUAUAAGAAACCGUAUGUGGCCCUUAUUGAUGGCAUUACUAUGGGAGGUGGGGUUGGCCUCUCAGUCCACGGGCAGUUUCGUGUGGCCACAGAGAAGACCGUGUUUGCCAUGCCAGAGACUGCCAUCGGGCUGUUCCCUGAUGUUGGCGGGGGCUUCUUCCUCCCCCGACUCCGGGGAAAGAUGGGGCUCUUCCUGGCCCUGACGGGCUUCCGGCUGAAGGGGCGGGAUGUGCAGAGGGUGGGCGUGGCCACACACUUUGUGCAGUUGGACAAGGUUGUUGCCCUCGAGAAGGACCUGGAGGAUCUGACGUCUCCUUCUGUCAGAGACGUGGCUGAUGUCCUGAACUCCUACCAGGAGCAGAGCACCCUGGAUGCAGAAAAGCCGUUUGUUUUGCAGGAGCACGUACAAGCCAUCGACAGGCUCUUUGACGCUCGCAGUGUGGAGCGGAUCCUGGAGAACCUGCAGAAGGAUGGCUCUGCUUUUGCACAGAAGCAGGCAGAGAUUUUGUCGAAGAUGUCCCCGACCUCGCUGAAGCUGACCUUCAGACAGCUUCAGCUGGGAGCCAGUCUUAACCUGCAGGAGGUGUUGAUGAUGGAGUACAGGCUGAGCCAGGCCUGCAUGAGAGGCCAUGACUUCUAUGAGGGGGUGAGAGCAGUGUUGAUUGAUAAGGACCAGAGUCCUAAGUGGAAACCCUCAAAUCUCGCCGAGGUGACAGAACAGUACAUGGACGAAAGCUUCAGCUCGCUGGGAGACAAAGAUCUCAAACUCUGAACACAGCACCAGAGAUUUAAAGAGAGCCCCCAAGAUCCUCUGUAACAUCAAGAAAUUGAAGAAAUUUUUUUUUUCCCCUUUGCAGAAUAGAAGAAGCUGAUAUAAGCAAUAAACAUUAGGCACACAAGUGGAGUAACCCAAGCUCUCCUCUGAGACUCUGGACAGCCUUGCUGAUUCCAUUGAAAGAAUCAGACAGUGCUGAUUUCUGUAGAGUGCUGUGGCAAUUCAGCACUGCCCUUUUCCUCUCUCUUCUGGAUAGUUCAUACAGACUGGGCGGGCUGAGAUGCUCCUCAUAGCGGGAAAACAAAAGCUUUGUGUUCAUUUUGUACUACGGUCUCGUAGCCAGGCAGAGGUUGGUAAUUAAGCAUUGUGAAUCAUGGCCAUUCUCCACCAACCAAGUCAUUUUUAUUUCUGGCACAAAAACAAAACAACACCACUUAGCAGUUUCAUAUUCGUCAAAACAAAUGAACCCCAACCUGCUGUUAUGCUUAAUGUUUAUUUCCACAGUGGUAUAUAAGCAUCUCAGCAUCUCAUCAUGAUGCUGAAUCCUCAGACCCCCAGCUUGAUUAGCUGUCCCACAAACUCGACUCACGGCUGUGGGAGGCAGAGCUGUCAGUGCGGCUGGUCCCAAAUGCUGGACCCCUGCCACGGUCCCUUUAGUGCUUGUUGUUCUUCCACGUUUUUUUCCUCCUAAAUGUAAAGCGUCCUUGGGUUUGUGAAAGGCACUAUAAAAACUUAAUUUAUUACUAUUAUUAGAAUAUUAUUGAGAAGCCUCCUGCAUUAUGUAUACCUUAUUAACAAACUGCCAGGUAUGAUGACAACACUCAAAAAAUGCUUUGUCAUAAUUGUCACCCGUUCCCUAAAUAAAUACAAAUGGUUAAUGUUUUAA